AUGCAGGUUGGUAAUGGCUUUUUUGCCUUCGGCGCGGACAUCUCCGGACUGCAAACCUUUCAACCGUGGGCAAUCAUGUCCGACUGGGGCUGGAAAAACGACAGUCUACCGGCGGGUCUGCUAUUCAUAGAUGGAGUCGGCAACGUGCAGAAUAUCACAGAAGCAGACCUCAGUGACGCUCGCCAAGAGCUUGACCUUUGGUCCGGGACGAUCACCAGCACGUUUGCUGUCGAUGGGCACAACGUUACUGUGAAGACGUACACAGCGCAGAACAGCAGCACAGUCGGGAUAGCUAUCCACUCGACCCUCGUGCAAGACGGUCGACUCUGUUUGUUCUUAGACUUCCCUUGGAACGACGGUUCGCAGAAGUUUCAAGCGCCUUAUGUUGGGUAUUGGAAUGACACCAAUAGCCACACGACGGCACUGACAGCGGGUCCUGGCUUGGGAGAGAAUGUGCUUUGGCAGAUCAGCCAUACGAUGAGUGCCGCCUCGUUCUACACGACCUUGGGCGGAGGCGAUAACUUCACAAUUUCGCGCGUCUCGCCAACAACGCAUAGGUACAGACUGGUGCCUGUGGAGCCUUCUUCGUCUUUCUCGAUCACUGUCGGAUAUUCGCCCAGCAAUUCGGAGGGGGUACCUUCCGUGGCAGAGAUGGCGCUAGAGUCAAUAUCAAACUGGAAGAGUUACUGGUCCAGCAGCGGAUUCGUUGACGUGGUCUCCGGGUCAACGGACCCUCGUGCAGAGGAAUUGCAGAGGAGGAUCAUUCUGUCGCGCUACUUGAUGCGAGUGAAUGAGGCCGGCUUCACACCACCUCAGGAGUCAGGCCUUGUGGAUGACGGAUGGGUGAGCAACCGCGCACAAAGCCAGGAGGGCUACAAACACGGUGCACGAUGGUCCAAGAUGACGGAUCCCACCGGCCGCUCGGCGCCUGGCGAGAUCAACGAACUGCUCAUCUGGCAGCAGCCUCACCCGCUUGUCUUCGCCGAAUACGAAUACCGUGCGACGCAAUCGCGCGAAACGCUGGAGCGCUGGCAGGACGUCGUAUACGAAACUGCUGACUGGAUGGCGAAUUAUGCGCGGUACAAUACGAGCACGGGUGUGCAUGACCUCGGACCUCCGAUGUACGUGGUUAGCGAGGACACCAGCCCGAACGUGACGCGAAACCCCGCGUUUGAGUUGGCAUAUUGGCGGCUAGGGCUAGACCUGGCACAGGCAUGGAUGGAGCGCCUCGGCGAGGAGGUGCCGGUUGCGUGGGGUGAGGUGAAAGAGAACUUGGCGCCUUUGCCGAUCGAGGACGGGCUGUACGCCGUGUACGAGGGGAUCGAGAGUGACUUCUGGACAACGACAGAGUACACCAAUAGCCACCCAGCGCUGGUGGGCUUGUACGGCUGGCUCCCGCAAACCUCCAACGUAAGCCUCGAGAUCGCGAAGGCAACUGCAGAGAGGGUGCGGACAACAUGGAACAUCACCAAUUUGUGGGGCUGGGAUUUCCCGAUACUGGCAAUGUCAGCGGCACGGCUCGGCGAUGCGGACAAGGCGAUUGACUGGCUCCUCGACCCGUAUUACCAGUUCGACGACGUAGGAAUGCCACUGGGAGGUGCUCAGGUGCCGACGCCAUACUUCCCAGGAUCCGGUGGGUUGUUAUACGCGGUGGCAAUGAUGGCUCGAGGGUGGGACGGGACCCAGGGCGCGGCACCGGGGUUCCCGCGAGAGGGAUGGGGAGUAAAGGUGGAAGACAUCAGUCCUGCCUUAUGA